GGGCCAUUAAACUCCCACGAAGCACUCCCUCACUACGUAGCCUCUGUGCGGAUCCGGGAUCUGGGCCGAGAGAAAAAGUUGGAGGCUGAAAAAAACACACGUCGCCACCCCGGUGUGUUUUCACAAAUGGAGACAAAGUGAGUGUGUGGUCGCUGUGAAAUGAAUCUGGAGCUGAUCCGAGGACGAUGAGGCCUGAUCUGCGGUAGAUUGAUCAACUUUGGAUGGAGUUUGUUUCUUUCUCCAGCAGACAGACGCAGAGAGGGGGGGUCGGAAUUUACCGGUGACAAAUCUGGGAGUGAGAAAAAAAAGGAGAAGAGGAUCCGCUCUCUACGGCAACAUUUAAAAACAACAACUUGUGCUUUGAAUCAAAGGGAAAACCAGUGGAGAUUUAAACCCCUGAGAGGAUCUUUUAACAAACUGAGUCAUGGCGAAAAAGUAUGAUUUCCUCUACAAAUUGUUGCUCAUCGGGGACAGCGGAGUGGGGAAAACAUGUCUGAUCAUCCGCUUUGCUGAGGACAAUUUCAACUCCACGUACAUCUCCACCAUCGGCAUUGACUUCAAAGUGAAAACCAUCGAAGUGGACGGGAAGAAAGUGAAACUACAAGUCUGGGACACAGCAGGGCAGGAGAGGUUCAAGACCAUUACGACGGCCUACUACAGAGGAGCCAUGGGCAUCGUCCUGGUGUACGACAUCACAGACGAGAAGUCCUACGAGAACAUUCAGAACUGGAUGAAGAGCAUCAAGGAGAACGCAUCAGCCGGGGUCAGUCGGAUGUUGCUAGGUAAUAAGUGCGACAUUGAGGCAAAGCGGAAGGUUACCAAGGAGACGGGAGAGAAGCUGGCUAAAGAUCACGGCAUCAGGUUCUUUGAGACCAGUGCAAAGUCCAGCAUUAACGUCGAGGAGUCUUUCCUGGCUUUUGCAAGCGACAUACUACAGAAAUCCAGCAAGAAACCAGGCCCCACAGGUCGAGAGGUGAAAAUCACCAGCAGCGCAGGGAAGAAAUCCUCCAAGUGUGCUCUUCUCUAGACAUGACACUGGCGAGCACACAGAAGAAACACGCAAUACGAAUUUAAGAACACAUCAGUAUUUCAUGGGGAACAACAGUACAACGUGUUUUCUGUCUCCAUCUGGUGGGUUUAAUGUCAAAAUACACACAGGUGAACUUUGGUUUCCAGAGAAUUUUACAGCAAAAAUAAUUUAUGGAUUCCUCGUCUGAGAAAGUGCCUGUGUUUUAUAUUGGACACAUUUUCUGCAGCUACAUCUACUGUGAUAGCCUUAAUGUCAUGAAGAGUUGGUGGAGUCUUGGAUGACCCUGAUAGAAACUCAAAAAACCACCUUUAAUACCGCUCUACAUUUUCAUUUCCACUUCGUAUUACUCUGGCUUAUCAGCAGCAGCACUGUCUUAUGUCCUGAAUGAACUUCAGCUCUGUUUUAAAAAAAAUAUAUCUUCUGGACUUGGUAGCUCUGUAGAAAAUAUCACACAUCGGCUUAUUGGAACCAUUUCAGUCAUUUCUUUUGAGUGAACACAUACAGUAGUAGUUUGUGGGGUCGUAACACACAGGAAGAGUUUGUUUUGAUUUAUAUACAUAAAGUGCACACAAAAGGCCCCUGGUUGAAAACCUUUUACCCAAAACAUAAUUUCUGUUAACCUUUUGAAAAUGCAGAUUUCAAGAGGUGACGAAAGGCCUUUGGUUAGCAAUGCACUUUCAUUUUUGUCUGCUCACUGUUUCAAAUUCAUUGAUUUGGUCAAUAUUACAACGGCAAAGACACGUAGACUUCCCUUUCCUGCAGUGCCACAUGAGAGACACACAUUCGGUUUCUCUGCAUUUUUAGUGGCACAUAAACAUACUCCAGAGACGUCCUUAACCAAAUAUGAAUUUAUAUUUACGUUUCCUUAUUUUAUGUGUAUCUCUAUGUGAACUGUUGAUGGGGUUCAAUAGUGCACAGCAGUAUAAUGAAUUUCACAGAAUCUACAGUACAAGAAGAACCAGAUGACUCCAUAACGUGGAAAUCUUCUUGUUAUAUCCUAUAUGACAAAUUGAGAAGAUGCUCUUUGUAUUAAUUAAAUGAACAAGUUGAUGUUGGUUGUUCGGUGAAACUGAAACAAACACUGUUGGUAAACUGGCUUAGUUUUAACGGAUGCAUGGAUCGAGUAUGUGGUAGAUGGGAACAGUGAUAAGUGCAAUAUGAGAGGAUGCGUGAGAUAAAAGAAUGAUGGAUAAAGCAAGUGGAUGGACAGGAUGUAAGAGCCUGGGAAGCAGCAGCGCUCCCGUGUCCCUCAUUUUCAAUUGAUUUAGUGGAUCUUGCCUUUUAUUUGAAGUGCCUGGUAAAUCUCUGACCAAACGCAACCACACAUUAGCUACAUCUGACAUGACGUGUCUCUCUGCUCAGGCGGUUUUCAGAGCAGCAACUGUGAUGGCCACAGCUCAACUGAACCUGACAGUCUCUUUUUAUCCUGCACAGACACACUGAGUUUCCUGUAACAAGUUUCUGUCACAUUUUGUUUCUUUUUAGUUCCGCCACAAAACUCUGUACGAGCGUUACAGAUGUUCCACUUGCUGAAUAAAAAUUUGAAACUGUAAA